CUUUGUGUCUAAUAUUCUUUUUUUGUGUGUGAGGUUUGGUGUGUGUGCUUUUCAUAUGGCGCGUGCGGCGGAAAGAGAAAUGUUCAUCCGGCACAUUACACUGAUCCAGUUGACGGACUAAUUAACAAAAAGUACAUGUGUUUGUGAUAAAAUAAAAGAGCAGUGAAAAUAAAGAACAAUCAUAAUAAUAAUGAAAGCUCUAAAUUGAAGAGCAUAGAAAUAGUAUGAGGCAAAAUAAAACGAAAUAGAAUAGCAGAAGAACAGAAAAAUUCAUAAAAAGACGAAAUAAAACACAACACACAUUGCUAUUCACUCACAACAAGAAGGAAAGACGACAAGUAUGGAUCGAAGGAAAACAUAUAGGAAACUUUUUUUUUAUAGAAAUGAAAGAAUAGAAGCAACGAAAAGAAUAGAAGCAACAACACACGAAGAAUACGUACACACAAACUUCGAGCAAAACGCAUAAAAUACGGAAACACAUAUGGUUUUUCUGAAGACUAGCUUUGCCGUGAUUAAUGCAUUAAUUCCGAUUGAGUUGACACAUUCAAUACGUUUUUAGUUCGAUUUUACCAAACCAUAUCGAAUCCGACCACCACAUCAAGACAAAAUAGAUAGCAUACAUUGAUUUUUAUUAUAAAGUGAGAACGAAAGACACCACAUGUCAAAAUUUUCUAAUAUUUUACGAAAGUUUGGAUGCGGUAAACGGUAUGGUUAAUAUGGAGAAAAGUGAAGACCAGGAUAGAAAGAUUGUUUUAGAAUUUUGUCAUUUGCUUGAGAAAUCGAAGCAACUGUUCAAUGGGCUGAGAGAUCUACCGCAGUAUGGCCAUCGUCAGUGGCAAGCGUAUUUUGGGCGAACAUUCGAUGUGUACACAAAAUUGUGGAAAUUUCAACAACAACAUCGGCUUGUGCUUGAUUCAAAAUACGGCCUGAAGCGAUGGCAAAUCGGCGAAAUUGCUAGUAAAAUAGGACAAUUGUAUUAUCAUUAUUAUUUAAGAACGAGUGAAACAAAUUAUCUGAACGAAGCUUAUCAAUUCUAUGCGGCAAUUCGGGGUAGAGCUUAUUAUUCACGUGCCAUCAAAGAAGAUCGACCCGAUUUAAUGGUGAAAAAGCUACGAUAUUAUGCAAGAUUCAUAGUUGUUUGUCUGCUACUCAAAAAAAUGAAAUUAGUUCGUGAGCUCAUUAUUGAAUUGGAGAAACAAAUACAGGAAUAUACAACUACAUAUGAACCUGAAGAUCAACUAGAAUGGUCACUUGUUUUAGAGGAAAUAAAAGGCUUCAUUAAGGCUGAAGCGGCUGUUGCCGUAUUGCAUGCCGAUUCAAAUCCAAUCGUAUUAUCGUACAGUGGGUCUGGUUCUAGAUUGAGUCCGCUCACAACACCACCAUGCGAACGAUCACAGCACAUGACACUAAGCCUGCAAGAGAUUAUAAUUGUUGGUUCGGCAUGCGAACAAGCAAAAUUCUCCGAACUAACAAUGGACAUGUUUCGUAUGGUGCAAACAUUGGAACGUGAACCAAGCGAAACGAAUCAUAUUCAUGGUGGUAUCGUUAGCGUUAGCGCUGCCAUGCAUAGUUAUAUGCCACCGGGUGUUAUGGCCACACAUGAUUCAAGUCCAGCCACGAAAAUGCCAUACACUGAACAAUGCUCAAAGGGAUUCUUAGAGAAUGGUGAAAAACGCCAUUUUCGUGACAAUCCACACAAAUAUCUAUUGUAUAAGCCAUCAAUCAGCCAAUUGUUAGUGUUUCUGAGUAGCGGAUUCAAAGAACUACCUCCUGGUGGCGCAUUACUACUAUAUAUGUCAGCUGAUGGAUGCUUUUCAACCACACAACAUCCAGAAGAUUAUGGAUACGAAUUGGGUGGAUUGGGUACGAGCGUCAAACGAGAUGGUAUGGAUAGUGGUAUCGCAUGUCGUGGAAAAGGUAACGGUUACAAGGAGCCACAUUGUCUUUACCCCGGUGAUCUAUAUCCAUUUACGCGACGACCGUUAUUUAUCAUCAUUGAUUCAGACAAUUCGUUCGUCUUUCAACAUGUACCAAGAUAUUUCGGUCAACCGCUAGUGAUAUUGAUGUCACCACAAGAUGUGCCGACUACAUUCCAAGAUUAUCAACACCAUGGUUCCUUGUUUACGUUAUUUUUGCAUUCACCAUUGACAGCCGUUUGUUACAUUUGUAAUGUGGGCGAUGUUCCGAUUCAUCAUUGGGAACGAUGUCAAGGAUAUAUAGAAAAAUUUGUUACAGAAGCAUCAUGUUUAGUAACAAGAUGUCGUGUAGAAGAUGUAGGAAAGGGUCGUGAUUAUAUAGAUUCAGCUUAUUUGCAAUUUUUUGGUGAUGAUUUUUUGCGUACAUUACUGCUGCGUUACAUAUUUUGUGAUGUUGUGUUACGCAUUCAUAUGUCAUUUCGAGGACGACAUCAGCGGCCGCGAUGUGAACCACCAUUACCAACCGUUGACUUGUUAGAGCAUCCAUCAUUAUCACAUAUUGUACUCCAAUUGGCAUCGGCCCUAGAUGUUCGAGAUCAAUUCCAUGAAGGAGCCACAGAAGUUGAAUGAUUCAGUCGGAUUGAAUUCAUUUACGUGAUUGAAUUAACGAAUGAUAUAUUGGAUACCUUCAAAAUAUUAUCGAUAAAUCUGGAAAUGCUAUAGUUCGUUUCGUUUAUAAUUUGCUUGAGUUUUUGCGAUUCAUAUAACCAAAAUCAGAAAAACAAAAUACUAAUUGUAUCACGCAAAACCGUCACUUGUAAUUUGUCAUUCGCUGUCCCUGUUCUAUAUUUGCAAUUUUUUCGAUAAUUUUGAAAUGUCUGUUUAUUUUUCGUUUGGAUUCACCAAAGAGUUGCCUGUGACAAGCAACAAAGCUCAAACAAUAAGAUUUUAAAAAUAAUAAUGUUCCAUACCGAAUAAGAUGAUUUUUCCAAAUCCAAAACAAAUUAUGAAAUUCAAGCAUAUUUUAACAAUGGAAUUCAUUAAUUUUGCCAUCAAAAUUUUUUUUGACCGCAAACAAAUACCAACAUUUAUGAGUGCAAUCUCAUUUCGAUUCUAGUCAAGACCAUUUAUUUAUUUAUAAUUCGAUAAGUGAAAUGUUAAUGGUGAAAUCAAAAGGCGGCGUCUUUGAAUCACUCUCAUUCACAUACAGAAACAAACACACAAAUGGCAAAGAGCCAUCGACUGAUAUAUUGAUGGCUCUGCUUAAAAAAAAAAAAA